UCCUCCCGUUAUUUCCUGCGGUACCUCUGCCCGGUCUGCCUGCUGCAGUCUGCGGGUGCACGCUAACGGAGUGGCCGUCGAGAGAUUUUCAGCGUUCGCUAGUCUCACCCUGCUCUCCUCGUUCUCGCCAUCCUUGCAGGUGUUGGAAAGGCUCGUAGUUUCUUCUUUUUCCCAGGUUUGAUUUGACGGUAUCGUGGAGAGCGUGUGUACGGGCAGCUAGUUUUAACAAUGGCGACAGCUGCGGUAUCUGCCCCUGUUGGCGGCGCCCCGAACCCCGGAUCGGGUGCUGAGUUGGUCCGUGGGCAGGCCUUCGACGUGGGUCCGCGCUACAGCAACCUGUCGUACAUCGGAGAGGGCGCCUAUGGCAUGGUGUGCUCAGCCUAUGACCGGGACAGUAAGGUGCGGGUGGCCAUUAAGAAGAUCAGCCCGUUCGAGCACCAGACGUACUGCCAGCGCACGCUGAGAGAGAUCAAGAUCCUUCUGCGCUUCAAACACGAAAACAUCAUCGGCAUCAACGACAUCAUCCGCACGCCCUCCAUCCACCACAUGAAAGACGUGUACAUUGUUCAGGACCUGAUGGAGACAGACCUGUACAAGCUGCUGAAGACGCAGCACCUGAGCAACGACCACAUCUGCUACUUCCUGUACCAGAUCCUGCGUGGCCUCAAGUACAUCCACUCCGCCAACGUGCUGCAUCGCGACCUGAAGCCCUCCAACCUGCUCCUCAACACCACCUGCGACCUGAAGAUCUGUGACUUCGGCCUGGCCCGGGUGGCGGACCCGGAUCACGACCACACCGGCUUCCUGACCGAGUACGUGGCCACGCGCUGGUACCGCGCCCCCGAGAUCAUGCUCAACUCCAAGGGUUACACCAAAUCCAUCGAUAUCUGGUCGGUGGGCUGCAUCCUGGCUGAGAUGCUGUCCAACAGGCCCAUCUUCCCCGGGAAACACUACCUGGACCAGCUCAACCACAUCCUGGGGAUCUUGGGCUCGCCUUCCCAGGAGGACCUGAACUGCAUCAUCAACAUUAAAGCGCGGAACUACCUGCUGUCGCUGCCGCUGCGCUGCAAAGUGCCGUGGAACCGCCUCUUCCCCAACGCCGACCCCAAAGCCCUGGAUUUGUUGGACAAAAUGUUGACCUUUAACCCCCACAAGCGGAUCGAGGUGGAAGAGGCACUGGCCCACCCCUACCUGGAGCAGUAUUACGACCCCACAGACGAGCCUGUAGCAGAGGCCCCCUUUAAGUUCGACAUGGAGCUGGACGACCUGCCCAAAGAGACGCUGAAGGAGCUCAUCUUUGAGGAGACUGCACGCUUCCAGCCCGGCUUCAGGUCCUAAACCCCCCCAGACGGGCCCAGGACUGACUCCGCCCCAACGCUGCUGUUCUUCUGCUGGCUUCUUCUAAACGAUGUGCUGUGGCCACGCCUCUGCCCCGCCAUCUUUAUCCACCCUGCCCCGCCCCUCACCCACCAUGCCCCGCCCCCCACUCGCCAACUAUACCCGCCCCCCACUCGCCAUGCCCCGCCCCACCCAAUCGCUCUGGAUCCGCGCUCACUAUUUCUCCCCCCAUUUUAUUCUCUCUCUCUCUCGCCUGCUCUCCUCUGGCUGUGUCAUGGGGUGUGGUUUUAGGGGGUUGGGGCGAGGGGUGUGUGUUUUGAGUGAGUUGGAGAGGGUAGGGUUUUGGAGUUUGUUUCAAUCAGCCUUUUUGUCUUGCAUUUCCAGAACAGAAAUGGUGAUUAUUCUCAGAUGUUGUCAUUAUUACGAUUAUUGUUGUUGUUGUUAUUAACCUUGAGAUAAGACGGCGAUGAGGUUUGAGUCUGUGUGUAAUCCACCUCUCGUUGAGGCAGUGGGUGGGGUUUGUAAGAUGCUCUCAGGCCACACCCACCACCGAUCACUCUGUUUCUGCAGCACAGACACACAUCCUCCAAUCACAGCGGCAGACAUGAACACAUGCUUCAGCUCUGCGAUCGCUCGAAGUCUCCCUUUCUGCCGCAUUUCUGUUUGCUGUGAAGCUUGUGCUUCCUGCAGGUUUCUGUUUGCUGUGAAGCUUGUGCUUCCUGCAGGUUUGAUACCAGCCGGGUUUAUGUCCUGACAGAGAUGGAUGUGUGUGUGUGUGUGGGAUUGGGGGGCCUGGUCGGGGGGGGGGGGGGGGUGGGCAUGCACCCCACCCAUCUCUGCUUGGGGCACAGAGAUGUCUUUCCAUCUUUUAGAUCAUCUGCAGCGGGACAUGCUCACACAGGCAUUAUUACCUUCCACGAGGAAGGCCUGGCUCCCUGUGUGCUUCUACAACUCCAGCACCAUUUUAGCUCCCUAACCCUUAUACCGCUACUGAUAGAACUAGAGCUAACGCUACAGCCAGUGCUACAGCUAGAGCUACUGCUAGAGCUAGUGCUACUGCUAGUGCUACAGCUAGAGCUACUGCUAUAGCUAGUGCUACUGCUACAGGUACUUAUUCAGAUAGAGCUACCACUGCAGCUAGAGCUCUGUGAAUUUUCUUUACACGCCCAUUUUAUCUCCAGUGCCAUAUUUGCCCAAGAAAGGUUGAUCAGGGGAGACACAAUCUCACCAUUACUGGAGGAAAACCUCUCAAUCCCUGAUCGCCAGUCACCUUCAGCCCACAAGCCUGUAAGAACUCCCCUCUCAGGGCUAGGCCAUGUUAGCCAAUAGGAACUCUGGUCUGGUCUCGUGGGAGGCGGUUUAUCGAGGUCAAAACUCUAUUUUAUUUCUGCAUCUUUCUUCUCAGGCUGUCAAACACUGAGAGGAGGGACCUGAAGCCUGCCCCCCCUCCCCCACCACCCACUCAGGCCGCCAUUGACUUCACCUCCCUCCCUCUCUCCAUCUCUCUCCACUCUUUCGAGCGUUGUGCCUCUUCUUUUCUCCCUCUGUGUUGAGUCAGUCUCUCUCUCUCUCCCUCUCUUGCCUUGUAACAGAAGACUGUGCCCUUGCCUGACUGUUAAAAGCUUUCUAUACAAAGAUGAAGUGCCACAUUACUGGGCAUUCCACACGGGAAUCUCAGGAUCCUCUUCCUGUCCCUCUGUGGUCUCACACUUCCCAAACGGCUUUCCUCACCGUUUCUCUAUUUUAAUGCAUCAGCUCAGUCACCCCCUCCAUCCUAGAGCAGCCCAUUUCAGCUCAGUCACCCCCUCCAUCCUAGAGCAGCCCAUUUCAGCUCAGUCACCCCCUCCAUCCUAGAGCAGCCCAUUUCAGCUCAGUCACCCCCUCCAUCCUAGAGCAGCCCAUUUCAGCUCAGGUGCAGAGCAGCUUCAAUGUCAGUGAUGGCUCCUCAGCCAGUUAACACCUGUUUGCAUGAAGCGAGCGUACUCGUACAAAUCUGAGCAUCUUUGCUCCUGAACACCAUUAUCUUUGAUCCAUCUGCUGACAUCAGUUUAAAAUGGGAAAAUCGGUGCAGUUGGAAGCUUUAUUCCACAUAUAUAGACAACUGAACUUUAUAAAGCAGCUGUUUCUCCUCAGUACUGGAGUCAAAGUUUUCUGUAAUCCACCCGGAUAUGCAACAGACAGACCUGGCCAACAGGCUUUCAUUGGCUAUUUCGUGCUAAAGAUUUGAACACCUCGCUUUGGAUAAACUAAAAAGAUAUUUUCCAUGAUUAAAAUCACAAAAACAAUAAUGGGUUUUGUAGUCAUGGAAGAUCGGCCAAUGUGUCAGGUUGAUAGGCCUAUUGAGGGACCAUCUCCUCUGGCAGAAAAAACAAUACAUUUAGGUAAACCUCCCCUCUCCUUUCUAAUGAGCAUUCACUGCACUUAAUAUGUACUCACUGAAACGCCAUAUUACAUGCUGUCUCAGUCCACACCCAGUCAGGUACAGUACUUCAAGGGUCUAAAGGUGGGGGUGGGAAUUCUCCGGAAACACUCUGCAGAUCCUCCUGUAAGAUAGCUUGUGCUGGUCCCUGUGCAGCCUGUAUGGUUUUGUGCCUUUAUUGGUCUUGUAUAACAAGAUUUCCUGCUCAGCUUUGUUUAGAUGGAUCAGUUGUGAUUGCAGUCCUUCAUUCUCACGGUUAUGUAAUUAAAGAGAAGUUAUAUGGCAUCAGCUUUGUGAUGGUUAUUCUGUAUUGAAAAGGUGAAAAGAUAGCUUUUUAUUUUAUUUUUUGCUUCUGGUCCCCACUUUAUACCCCCCCAUUUGCCUUCUUUUCCUUUUGGAUGUUUUGUGUAAGCCCUUUUUUAUUUGUAAAAUGAAUGUUAUGUUUCUAGUGAAUAUUAAUCUUGUUAAAGAAUUGUUUCCAUGUAUUAAACUACUCCUCUGUAAGUAUGUUUUGAUUAGUAGAACAUUUUAUUGUGAAUCUCACUUUAAAAAAGAAAAAAAAGAAAAAGGCAGUUGUGAACUUUGGGGUGCUUGCUAGCAUUUCUUGCCGAUAAUAGAGGAAAGUUGGAUUGUGGGAUUUGAAGGUUCCUCUGAAGGAAUGCACUCUAAAGGGCCAUUUCACACUGGCCACAAAGAUGGGCCUGCAGACUGCAGACCUCCAUCUUGAAUUACUGAUGUCAACAUUAUUUUAUCUGCCAUGACCUGUAACCACCUGAAAACACCUGAAUAAACACACUCUACCCUG